UCUGACAAAAACAAGGGCUGGGACUCCAGCAAGAGGGGCAGUGUGCCUGAUGCACAUCUAGCACAGGCUCUUCGUCCAUUUAAAAACAUUUUGUGUAUGAUUUUUAGUUUACAUUUCGAAAGGGAAAAAAAAGUCGCGUACCAUGUUGUCGGUUAAUUCAGGCCGCCAGCUCUGCAAGAUGUUCUUCUCCUUGCACGUCGUUUUUCUGAGCGUGGCCAUGGUGAAGAGCAGUGCAUCAAAUGGCAAUGAAAAAGACUGCAUUAGAUCCAAUGGUGUGGAGUACAGAGGGGAACAACAGAGCUCCUCCUCAGGUUUAACCUGUUUGAACUGGACCAACACCACUAGAGACUAUGAUGUUACACUCCAUCCUGAUUCAGAGACAGGUGUGGGAGAUCACAAUUACUGCCGAAACCCAGACUCCUCUGAGAGGCCUUGGUGCUACAUUGCUGGCCCAGAUGGGACAGUCCAGAGACAGUCAUGUGCAGUUGACACAUGCAAAGAACAAGCUCCUACUGUACCAGCAGAGGCCGGAUCCCUUAAACCAACACGAAACAUUCCCUCCACAGAAAGCUUUCAGCCAGCCAAGUCAAGAGCUUCUCAGGGAGAAGUUGCUGCAAUGCAGCCAGUGAUGGGAAUCAGCCAGCGAGUGCGCACAGCACCCAAAAAGAAAAAGGACCUUGGCACACUAGGCUACGUCAUUGGCAUCCUUAUGAUGGCGAUUAUAAUCGUCCUCGGAGUAGGCAUCACAUUUGGCUACUUCUAUAAGAGGGGUCGGGACUUAAAGAAGCAGCACGAGCAACGAGUGUAUGAGCGCGAGAUGCAGAGGAUUACUCUGCCCCUGUCGGCUUUCUCCAACCCCACCUGCGAGCUGGUGGAUGAGAACACUAUCGUGAUCACAGCAGAGCACGAGACCAUCCCCGUCCAGGAGGGUAUGGAGGGCGGGGACCCUCUAAUGGGCCAGCAAGCCGGAACCCCCGGAGCAUGAGUGAUCCUGAAAUGUGGGACUGUGAUAUGGUAUUUUGUGGACCAAAACACUUCUUCACAUCUUCAUUUCUCCUUUCUGCCUCCCCGAGUGACCUCUGUUUUAAAAGGAGGAGGGGAGCAGUGUGCACUCCAAAGACUUGAACUGAAUGCUGUGUCCUUUGUGUCCCCUUUCCUGUAGUUUUUACACAUCCGAGGCACAAACAAGAUAAGCUGUGGACAGUCUUAACAACAGGUAAAUCUGUUGUUAACGAAAAUAUGUCAUGAGGUGUGAAAUAUUAAUUUUUGAUACAUCUGAUAGCCAAGAAAAUAAGGUAAUGGGCUGCCACCUUAAAUAACAGUAUCGAGUCAAAUGGACUAGUAGGCGUUUAUAAUGGUGUGCUAUGAAACCAGUUCUUUAUAAAGAGAUGGUUUUUGGAAUGGGGGCUCUUUACCUUUUGUUUUGAGUAUGUUUCCAAUUGGAGAAGGUGCUCUCUACAGGACGUUUCUUUUGUAUUGACUUUUUGGCUGUGCCGAGGGUGACGCAGAUGAGAAAAGUGUAUGUAUAAAGACUGCUUUGUCUUAGUCUGGUGACACAGAUGUGUCCAAAAAUAUCCUCCUCUGAGACAGGAUGAGGGAACAUGAGGUAAAACAAGCCCACUAAAGACAAGGGAAGUCCUCCAACUCUGCCUUAGCAUGAAACUCCUGAAUGUAUUUGUUUAUCUCUAACCCGGAUUAUUUUUUGUCUCUUUGUACUCGACUGACGGGCGGUCACAGGCAGACAUGAAAGAGGACUUGCCUUUUUCUUCCACAGGUUAAGGAGUGACAGGAAAUAUACUGAGUGCUCUCAGGAAGCAUGAGAGACGGUAGAUAGUCCUCUCAGGACAAAACAGCACUGCCACGACACAAAGCAGAAAUCAGAAAAAGAAAGCCUGUCUUUGCAGAGCAGGGCAGCGUGUGUUGAGCUGAAGAAGCGUGGUGAUUAGAUUCAGACAUCUGAGUUAUGCACUUGAUGCUUCAGGGUAGAGACAGGGACGGUGUAGACUAGAAACAGUCCAAAUUUCGGUGUUGUUCAUUCAUAAGAAAAGAAAAAAAAAAACAGGAGUGCAUGCACAUGGUUACCUGCUGUAUGUUUGUAUUCAGGGGCCAUUUUUUGCAUAUAUUAAGUAGAACUACUGAUUGAAGACAUUUUAGAAAAUACCUGCCUGGAUAUAGAAACCAUGAUACGCAAAACAUUUUUAGUUUGUUACACAAGCACUUCUGUUACCAGUUUGUUAGCACUCCAUCGCUCCAUACGAUCUUGUUUUGUGAUUAUUGCUGGGUUCAUAUCACUGGUAAUCUUUGGUUACUACUGCUGCGCCAUUUCGUGUGUGCUGGUUGUAACUAUUACUUUCUUCAUAUAAGCAACAUGUUCAAAAUACUGUUCAGCAUUCAGAUUUAGUACUUGUAUUUGUAUGGAUGCAGAUUUUCACUGCUGUGACUGAAAUAAAACAUCAGACCCAA